AUUGAUUGAAGAUAUUAUUUAUGAAAAAACAUGUGACAUUCCAUUCAACACUUCUAGUCGUUGAGGUAUUUGCUUAAGCAAAAAAAAAUUUGUUAAGAAAUAGUUAUUUGUACUGCUGUGGUUUUCACUGAUAGGCGUUUUUGUUGUACUGCUUAUGAAAAAUUAAGUAAUAUUAUCUGGAUUCGGGCAUAAAUAAAUAUGUUCUCUUUUUUACCUAACUUCUUGGAUUGGUAGUGAAGUCACAGUAGUAAUUGAUACUCAGUAACUUGGGACAAAUUUCUAUUUUAAGUAGAGUUGAAAAAGCUUUAUUGCAAAUAAUUAAGAGAAACUGAAUAGGUCGGGAAGAGGUGGAAAGAGCAGAAUACUCUCCUAGCGGCUGAAGUAAGACACUCCAGAAAAAACAAGGUGAUUUUAUAUUCCUCUGUAGGCAGUCACUGUAAUUUUGUUGGAUGGUUGAGGGUAACGGUGAAGUGCUAGGGAAGAGAGCAGUGCCAUGCAAUCUGCUGAGAUUUAAUUCUUAUGCGACACUAUGAAAAUAUUAAAUGUGCCAGUUAAUGGAAACAAACAUGAUGCUGAAAAGACAUGUUAUGCUAGAAGCUGCCUGUACAACAUUGGAUAUCUGUUUUCAUUUGGGGACCUUUGAAUGGACAUGAAGAAUUCACAGCAGGAUGUAAUUUCUUGUAUUAAAAAGCUCAAUACUUAGUGAGGUAUAAGCAAAGACCAUUCAAGCAAUUGCUAAUUUCUCUUCCAAUUACGAAGAUUAUUGAAGGCAUCUCAAGACUAUACUGGGAAAGGAAUUCGUAGAAUACUGACUCCAGGAUUGUUGAAAGCUUCAUAUCAUACAUUCUCUAUCAUAAGUUGACCAGCUACAUCUUUAUACUAAAUAGGUGUCACCUAUCUCUACUCUUGAGAUGCUGCUCCAGAAUUUCACUGUCCUGAUGACUAGAGGUUUUACAGUCCAGUUUUAUUUCAGAUCAUCUAAUUUCUUCUGCAUCGUAUUCCAGCCCUUUUCUGUAGUAAAGGUGUCUUCCUGCUUGGUAUUGCUACCAUACUUUUAUUUAUGACAAAGCUAUAAAUGAAAGUGCUGAAAUAAGUCACAAGGCUGAGCCUUGAGUUCUGCUACUCAUUUUGUCUGCUGCCUUCCUCUUUCAUACCAUCCAUUGUCAUCUCUCCAUUAGUCAAUUUAACAGCAGAUAUGUGACAUUGGGAAGAGUUAUGUUCUUCAUUAUCUUAAUUAAUGAAUCUUACCACAUCCUUUAUUGAAGUCCUUACUAGAAAGACUGCAUUUCCAUUUUAGAGAAUGACCUUUGAUUUAUCGAAGUUAUACAGUGAGUCUACCAUGAUGUGCUUUUGCCAAAUGUACUUCUAAUUUUAUCCCAUUUUUUUCUGUCUUUAAAUGGUGACAGACAGAAUAAUUAGUGGACAUGCAGUGGCCUGAAUCAGCUACUUUUGCUCUUCUCAAACAUAUGUGAGCUAUACUUAAUAUACCUCAGUUAUAUGUGCUACUUCUGAUGUGAUGGCUUUAUUAAAAGUACUUGCUAACUGCAUCUGUCUUAUUUGCCAGUUUUUUAAAAAUUAUGACAUAACAAUUGCCUAAUGCAUUUCCUGUUCCUGAACUGAUGGUGUUUUGCUUCCACAUCAGCUGUAGUCACCUCAGUCUUUGUCUACUUGCUUCCAUUAGCUGUGCUGCCUUUGUUGUAGUGUUGACCAUAAUUCCUACUGAUAAUCAAGGUGGGCAUAGUGUUAUCGCCUCACCUAAUUUUUGGUCUAGUAUUUAAUUUCACAGAAACUAGCAAUGUCCCUGCACCAAAAAGGGAGUUUUCAUUCAACAUCAUACCCUGUGAUCCUUUCCCUCCUUUGCUCCAGCUCUGACUUCAUCCAGUUGUGUGGUUAGAAUGGAAAUUCCAUACAGCUUUUGUACCUCUGACUUGAGGAUUCAAAGCACUCAUUUUAUUCAGUUCACAAUGAAAUUCAGUCUAUUUAAUGGUGGUCAUCAGUUGCCUUCAUUCCUCAGUCAACUUAUUUGAUGUCAUUAACAUUAGUUCAGCCUUCCUUUUUUAUGUCGUUUAAUUUAAGUUGAAUUAAUACUCACUUUAUCCAACAUUAUCUUCUCUUAUUGGAUGUUUUCAUGUACUUGUUCUUUACCAAAUUAAAAUAAAGAAUAUUGUCAUUGCCUCUUGGCUCAGUGACUAUUUUUUUAAGAAAUCUCUUGGUUAUCACAUUCAGGAAUUGCUUGAUUAUACUGUUAAUAGAUAGCAGCCGUGUUCUUGUCUGUAGCUGGGAAGUUAGUCUUCUGUAAUGAUUUAGUUCUUUGAGUUUGCUGUCUGUCUUGUAAUAUCAGUAUGUAUAGAUGACGUGGCCAUCUCCCAAAUCAGUCUUUGAGGUGCGAGCUCUGCCCCAGUAGUAUUUUGAUAUUAUCUAUAUUAUCACUUCUUGUAGCUGUAGCAUUUACCAGAAGGCACUCUGCACCAUCUGGGUAGCUCAUAGGAUCAGGAAGGCUGUUUUUUGGUUAGGACCUCAAACUAAGACCGAACUUCCACUUUCUUCUGUUUAAACCAUCUGGAAGUCAGCUCUUCUCAUUUGUUUUCUUCUGCAUCGUUAGCAUCGUGUAUACAUGUUUUGGGUUUGUGUGGUGGGGUUUUGGUAGUGGGGGAGGGGCUGCAGGGGUGGCUCCUGUGAGAAGCUGCUAGAAGCUUCCCCAGCUCCCAAGUCGGACCCGCCUCUGACCAAGGCCGACCCCAUCAGCGACGGUAGUAGCGCCUCUGGGAUAAAAGAUUUAAGAAGGGGAACCUGCAGCGGGGGAGGAGAUUGGAAUGUGAGAGAAACAGCUAUGCAGACCGCAAGGUCAGUGAAGGAGGGGGAGGUGGUGCGCCGGAGGAGGUUGAUGCCCCUGCAGCCUGUGGUGAGACGGCAGGCUGUCCCCCUGCAGCCCAUGGAGGUGAGCGGGGGAGCAGAUGCCCACCUGCAGACCAUGGAGGACCCCAUGCCGGAGGGGGUGGGUGCCCCCGAAGAUGGCCGUGACUCCAUGGGAAAGCCCGUGCUGGAGCAGUCUGUGACAGAAGAUUGGCCCGCGCAAAGGAUCCACGCCAGGGAAGUUUGUGGAGGACUGCAGCCCGUGAGAAGGACUCACGCUGGAGAAGUUCAUGGAGGAUUGUCUCCCGUGGGAGACACCCCACGCUGGAGCAGGGCAAGAGUGUGAGGAGUCCUCAUUGCAAACCCUGUCCCCCUGUGCCACUGCGGGGAGGAGGUAGAGAAAACUGGGAGUGGAGUUGAGCCGGGAAGAAGGGGAGGGGUGGGGGGAAGGUGUUCUGAGGUUUGAUUUUACUUCUCAUUAUCCUUGUUUUGAUUUGAUUUGUAGUAAAUUAAAUUUAUUUUGUUUCUUCCCCAAGCUGAGGCUGCCUUUUGCCUGUGACCAUAAGUGAUAUAUAAAUCUACAAAGUGCAAUGACAUGCGCCAAACAGGUUACUGCCCUCGUGGUCCAUUUUGUGCCUUUGCACAUGUUGAAAAUUUCCUGUUCUUCAAGUCCAACUGUAACAUCAAGUUCUGGUAGCAGUAGUUCUUUAUCACCCCUUGGACCUCUUUGUAGACAGAGAUCAUUAGCAAACGGCGUUUUGUGUUCUGAGUCUAGCACGUCAGGUGUUUCUUCACCGACAUCUAGCUAUCCAAAAGCACCAGGCUUUGAACGAGAAGAUCAGGCAAAGCAUCGAAGCUUCCCAGCUGAGAAUCAGCAGAAAAUAAAUGAACAAGACAACAAGCAGAACCAUCUCAGUGUUUUUUCAGCGGUUAACCCACUUGCUUCAAGUAUAACUUCCAGUCUGGCCUCCAGUCUUGGAUCAGAUACUUCAUCUCCUACAACUGUCUCUGCUAUCAGUGCCAAAGCUCCCCCGUUCUAUUCUGGCAGUAACACAGUUGAAUCGGUAAUAGGUUCUGCUCUAGAUUUGCAUUUUAAUGAUGUGAACGUCGCGUCCAUAGAGAGAGAAUUAGAAGAUCAAGAAGGCAGUGACCUUGGAUUAGCAAGUCAAAGAUUACUGGGAAGUUCAGCACCUGUCAAUAUUCCAGGUUCUCUUGUUCGUUCCUCAUCUUUACAUUCAUCAUCAUCCCUUUCGACCUCUCCACUCAGUUCUCUUUCACAAUCACUGUCUCAGUCUUUUGUUUCAUCCACUACGGCUCCUCACCACCAGCAGCCUCAGCUUUUGAAGACAGAACAUAGUAUGUUAGGCACCUCAGCCUCUUCUCACAACUCUUUAGGUUUAAAUGGUGUUACAGGGAGUAUUUGGGACUUUGUAACUGGGAGUUUCUCUCCUAGUCCAUCCCCAGUACUAAGCGGUGGCACUACCCCCUCAAUAAGUUCAAAUACCAGUGGGAACGAACUAACUCGAGUUAGACAAGAACUUGAUGAUGCCAAGAGAAAACUAAAACAAUGGGAAGAAUCUUGGCAACAAGUAAAACAGGCGUGUGAUGCAUGGCAGAAGGAGGCUCAAGAAGCAAAAGAACGUGCUAACAUCGCAGAUGCGGACAAACAACUCGCUCUUCAGAAGAAGGAGGAAGUGGAAAAUAAAUUAAAAAAGCUGAAGGCGCAGUUAGCUGCUUGUUUAUCUACUACGUUACCUUACACGAAAAACUAUGGAGAUAUAGAAAAGAUAUCUUUGCCAAAGCUUCGUUCCUUACAAAAUCGGCUGCACUUAGACUUAGAAACAAUAGAUGAGGUGAUUUUUCAGCUUCAGUCAAAGAAGUGUAUCGUUUGUCAGGAAGGUGAUCGUAGCAUUAUCCUGAAUCCAUGUCAACAUUAUGUACUUUGUGAUCACUGUGCAGCUGCACAAGAAGAAUGUCCCUGCUGCAAGAAAAAAAAAAAUCUGUGGUAGCAUACAGGCAUAGUACUCGUAUCAUGUUCAUGAAUUAAAUAAUUUUAUGGGUUUGUAUUUUGUGUAAGAAUUAUAUCACUCAUAAUUAAUCCAUUUAAUAGUGCUAGACUGAUUUCCAUUUUGAUGUGAGAAACUUAGUUACUUUAAGAUAGAGAAUAAAGCUUGCUCACCUUUACAUAUCAGCUUCAGUCAUUUGAUAAGGUUCUGUAGUCUUGAGGUUCGUUCAUUCCCCCGCAAUCCCAUUGCAGCCUUUUCUGACUUCCACUUACAUUCCCAGUUUACAAGCUACUUGGUUCAUUUGCACUGUAAUCACUUUGUAUAAAUCUUACCAUAAUGCCUGAAUGAAGUGUUUAUACCUGUUAUUUUCAUUAACAGAAGAUGGAUACAUAGAUACAGUAACUACACACUCCAUAGUACAAAUGGUCCCUUUGCCAUGUCUGUUGUUUGUAGAACACCAGACCCAGUAUUUUGGAAUCGGUCUAACACUAUGUUUACUUGGAUGUUUGAAAAACUCUGAUUAAUAUAAAAGCACUUUUUAAUUAUUGUGUUUUGGUAGAAGAUAUGUUGUAAAUUGCUUCAAGCUGCUUUCUAGGUCUUACGUUUAUUUUUUAAUAUGCAAUAAUAUGACGUGUUAUAUGUGUACUGUGAAUUUAAAAGAUUUCACAUGAUUUUAGUGUUAAAUCACAAUAUGAUUAAAUAGAAAUGACAACUUAGCUAGUUUUUUUACAAUUUAUAAGUUAACUGCGUACUGUAGUAUUUAUAAAUGUACCAGCGGAGAAAAAACGAGUGAGGCACAUACGCUUUCAUAUUCAAAGACAUGUUUUCAAUUUGAGAAACAGAUCAGUUUUAGUAAACAACUGUGCAUUUGCAUAUUUCCCUCAGUUUGGGUGUUUGUAGUCUUUAAGUUUUUGUACAUCUAACCUGUGUGGUACUCAUUGGGAACGGAUAUGAUAUAUAAAAUAUUACCAAGUGCCUAUGCCCAAUAUCCUAUAAAAUGGCAGAAGACAUAAAAAAAGAAUUUUGCAAAUAAUUUCUAUUGCUUAAUUUUGUAUUGAACAAUUUGACAAUAACUAGAAUAUGUCUCUUGCUUUUAUAAAUAUUUAAAACCACACUUUUUUCAGUAAUGAAGUAAUGCAUGUUUGAAAGAAACUACAAAAUUAUUUAACUAUGUAAUCAGGCAGUGACACUUUGACACAGUGAUUCUUUUAAAAGGUGGUAAUAUCCUUACUUCAUCCUGGUAGUUGGGAACAUGCAGUUCAGGAGGAGUAGUUAGUUAAUUACGGCAUGUUAACACUGUAUAUUUUUACUUUUCUUACAUGGAAUAAUUGCCUGCAUUACUCCUUUUACUGUUAAAUUAAGGUGUGACACUAGUACAACUUAGAUUGAAAUGACCUACUACUGUGUUACAUGAUUUCUAUCUCAGUAUUACUGUAUUUAGUACAAAAAGUGAGUUCACAUAGGCAGCAAAGAGUUAAUCUAUUUAAAGUUCAGUCAUGCUAAAACAAAAAACAAGAUGUAUACUAAAAUUAUUAUUGUCAAGAUGGAGCUUUUAUAACUGUGUCAGCGUUAAAUAAAGGGCCCAAGCCAAUAGUACUGAAAUAACUAUCUCCUUUGGGUUUUAGCGUUCUUUGUACAAAGGCUUGAGUUAGCAAAAAAUCAUUACACGUUUUCCGUGAGAACUAAAUGUACAGGCUUGUCACUGCUUUCCUAAGACAUGUUGAUCUGCAGGAACAUUUGAGACCUUUUGGGAAGGGAGAAGUAGGAUAAAAUAUUAAAUACAUUUCUACUUGAUUCUGUUUCAAAAUUUUGUCUGAAGAUCACUUUAAAGACCAAAGUUGGGUUUAAUAAUGUGAUUUUGUUGACUUUAACACAGUUUCUCUAAAAUGUUUGUACUGAGAAAAGUAUAAAAUUGGACUGUAUUUGCAUUUUCCAACACACUUUUCUGUCCUAAAAUAAGAUAUUGCCAUUUUAAAGGUGUAGCCAGCUUUGGACUUUUAAAAAAAAGGAACUUGUAUCACCAAGUUUGGCUGUAGGUAUUAAUGUAUUUUUUGCAUCUGUGCAGUCUAUGACAAAGACUGAUUUUUGAACUUUAACAGCAUUUUGGACUAAAGCAAACUUAGUUAUGUAAGGGUUUUGUUUUUUCAAACAGUGAGCAAAUCAAAGAAUAAUAUGUAAUUAUAGUUUGAAAUUAUGUUACAUAUUUUUCAAACAAGCAUUUGUUUUGGACACCAGUCUACUAUAUUUAUCUAGUGUGGAACAGCAUUCUGCAACCAUUGUGCUCACAAAAACAUUCAGAAAUAUCUUAGUGAAAAUUUUUGCUUUGGUAUUUUAGAAGAAACCAGCUUCGGGCCACGUUGUGCUGCCCAUAUGCAGCUAUGUGACAUUUGUUACCGACGAGAUAUGGAAGCUUGGUUUUGUGCUGUCUUGUCAAAGUUUAUCGUUCUUCAUGUGUAUUUUAGUGCAUUUGCCUAUGUCCUAGGGCUAUUUUGUGGUCCCUUUUUUUGGUACUAACAGGCGAUUUUCGUAAUGUCAUGACACCAACAAAAAAGGAAUGUAAACAGCACUUGCAGUGUGAAUCAUCACAUUGACAUUCAUAGUUUAUGUGUGCUGCAUUUUUAGAGGAAAUUAACUAAUAUAUUUAGUCUGUUGCUUUUUUAAGUUGUAUGUUUUGUUGUUUUACAAUGAUGAAUCUUGAAAAUAAUUAUGUGUGUCCUGUAGUAAUAUCAGUACUGAAAAUUUUGCAGGUGUUCCCUGUAAGUUUCUUUGGUGCUGAAAUACAGACACAUUUAAAAACUGUCAACAAACCAUUUUGUGGAGAAGGAAAAAACACAUACCAAAGAAACAUACCUAUAUGUGAAAUUCUCAGACUGGAUGGCUUGCUAUAAUUAUAGAUGAAUCCUUAGGUAAUCACUUGAACCAUGCAUCAUCAUAACAUAGCAGUCAUAUGAAAAUAAUACAGUUGUUCUUCACAAAAUUCUUUUUGUGAGGAAUUACAAGCAAAGUUUUCUGUAUCUUAUUAAGCAAGUUGACUGCAAAAACAAGUAAGUAUGCACUUUUACACCACUACUUUAAAAUGGAGGAUAAUAAAAUACAUGCAGUUGACUAGAGACGACUAUUUGGAAGAAGUCAGAAGUGAAACCUGACCUUUGUAAGUAUUCAUCCUUGUACUACAUACAUUAUCUAGAAACUGGAUACAUUAAAAUUAUAUUUUAGCGAGACUACAAUAUGGUAAUUUGCUGAAUUCACAAAAUACAUAAAAGCAAACUACAUAUAUUUUCAAGAUUCAUUUUGGUAUUUGACAAAGUUCUGUGUUAAUUUAUGUAAGAAUAUAAUUUUAAAUGUGAAUGCCAUAAUGUUGUCACAAUUAUUUUAGCCUGGGGAAUAAUAGAUUAAAAAUGUGAUUUCUCAGGGUUUUUACAGUUAGGAGCUGUAAUUUAACCAGAAGUAUGCUAAUUACAGAUAGAUCCCAAGCUGCAUGUUACAGGCUUAUUAUUAGUCUUCUUUGAAUAGCAGAUUAUUAAAGACAUACUUGUUUUGUUCUAUAUUGCCAUUCAGAGUAUCCUAGUAUUAAAUAUAGGUAGUAAUAUUAUUACUGUCACACUAUGCUUGUGUAACUGUGGUCAUCAUCAGACCCUAAAUAAAUACGGAAUUUUUAGUCAUAUUAAUUUAUGGAAGCCGUUAAUGUUUUGAGUGUACAGACAGAAAUGAUUUUGUGAAUGAAAUUGUUCUUAAUACAAAACGUAUUAUUUAUAAUGCAUACUCAUUUACUUGUAGUGAACUGUUUAAAAUUGUUAACACUUGUUAAAACUUUUCUACACUAUAGCGUUUAUGCAAUGGUUUACAGAAGUCAUGGAAUUAUUUUUAUUACCAACAUGGAAAUAAAAUUUUGAUCUUUAUUUCUGA